ACAUAGACUGGUUCAUAUCUGUUAUUAAUUUGUCUCUCUUUUAUCUCCCUUCCACUCUCUGCUCUUUCUUAUAACCUAAUGCAAGUAACAGUAUGAAUAUCUCAUGCACUGUUUAAUUUGUAGAAUUUAAUUUUUGCUUGUUUAAUAUUUUAUUUUCUCACAACGAGGGCUUCUUUUAGAAAAACGCGCUUACUUGGUACAAGCUUUUUUAUUUGUCAGCAUGGGUUUACCCUUACGUCAAGUUUAGUGGGUUUAGUAAGCAUCUCCGUCUAUAUUAAAGCUAAAAUCGAACUCCUCUCCUUUUUCUUUUUUUCUAUAUCUUUUUACAAAAUGACUAUCUCUGUCGGUGACACUCUUCCUCAAUGCAAACUUGCUUAUGUUCCUUACGACCCUAACCUCAGUCCUACUGCUUGUCCUGCUCCUGUGCCUUACGAUCUCGGCAAGGAACUCAAGGGCAAAAAGGCCAUCAUUUUUGCCAUCCCUGGUGCUUUCACACCUACCUGUUCUGAACAACAUGUCCCUGCCUAUUUAGAAAAAUACGAUGAGUUGAAAAAGAAGGUGGAUGUUAUUAUCUGUACUGCUGCUAAUGAUGGAUUUGUGAUGCAUGCUUUUGGUAGACACUUGAAUGUCAAGGACAAGAUCAUCAUGGCUUCUGAAGGAGGAUCUGAUUUCUUUCAACAAUUGGGUUUGACUUUGGAUUUAUCUAGUAGAGGCAUGGGUGUUCGUUCAAAGCGUUUUGCUCUUGUUGUGGAUGAUCUUAAAGUCACCUAUGUUGGUGUAGACGAACAAGGUCUUGAUAAGUCUGGACCUGAGGCUGUCUUGAAGAGCUUGUAAAUAAAAACAACAAAUGAUACAUGUGUGUAAAAAAAAAUA